UGGCGUGACCUCAUUGUUCGCGUCACUUCCGGCUCGGUGCUGCAUGAUGGCGGUGUCCAUGACAGAUCUGGCACAUUGACUCUGUGUGGAGGUGUGCAGUUCAUCCUCUGUUUAAAACCUCACCGGGGGGCAUUUAUCAGCCGAUGAGCUCGAACCGAAGCAGUCCUCGCUGAGUGUGUGCUGAAGAGAAUCGCAGAUCAUGGCGCUCCACAGACUGUCCUUCAGACUACGGCAGACGGCAACACAUGUAAGGUCCCUUCAUACCAGUGGAUGUAGGCAGCAUCAGGAGGCUGUAGCUGCAGAGUCAGAACCUGAGCCCCUCUCAGUUUUCAGAGCUCAGGAGAAUGAUCCAGCAUGUCAGUCUGAGAAACAUUUCGGGCAGUAUUACACACUGCCCUCUGCACACGUCCGCACAGUGUUCCCUCACGGACUCCCCUCGCGGUAUAAACAACAGGUGAAGACGUUUAAUGAAGCCUGUAUGAUGGUGAGGCCACCAGCUCUAGAGGUCAUCUCUUCCCUGAAGAAAACAGACAACAGCAAACCUGCUGUGCGAUAUUUAUUCUAUGGGUUGAAGGGCAGUGGGAAGACGAUGUCUCUCUGUCACACAGUCCACUUCUGCUAUACACAGGGAUGGCUGGUGCUGCAUGUUCCUGACGCUCACCUCUGGGUGAAGAACUGUAAAGAGCUACUGCCCUCAUCCUUUAACACCUCUCGCUAUGAUCAGCCAUCACAAGCCACCGAAUGGUUACGCAACUUCAGAAUCACCAAUGAGUCCUUCCUUUCAAAGAUAAAGACAAAGCAGCGCUAUGUGUGGACAAAGAGAGAGUCAACUGAGGAGGGAAGUACCCUAGGAGAGCUGGUGGAUCAGGGUAUCACUCGUGUGAAGACCAGCAGCGAUGUGGUGGGGGCGGUGAUGAAGGAGCUGAGGCUGCAAAGCGGGCAGCCGGAGUCAGACUUCCGCCUGGCCGUGGCUGUGGAUGGUGUCAACGCCCUGUGGGGAAGAUCCACCAUCAGGAAGCAGAAUAAUACUGCCGUGGACCCAGAGGAGCUCACUUUGGUUUAUAACCUGAGGAAGCUGAUUAAGAACGACUGGACUGGAGGUGCCAUUAUCACCACUCUGGCUCAGACGGGGGCUGUCUACACUUCAAAAUAUUCCUACUUGCCUCAAGAGCUGCUGGGAGAGAAGGGGUUUGACAGCAUGGACCCAUUCAUCCCGGUGUCUGUGCCCAACUACAGCGAGAAGGAGUUUGAGAGCUGUUACCUCUACUAUAUGGACCGCCACUGGCUGCAGCAUCCACAGAGUCGAACAGAGGACGGAAAGAAAGAACUCAUCUUUCUGAGCAACAGAAAUCCAUCAAUGUUGGACAGAAUUUGUGGCUUCCUUUGAAGUUACAUGAAGACUCAAAUCACACACACAAAUAUCAGUGUACUAAAAAAUACAAAAACAUACAAACGCCCAUGUCUAUAUGUCCCCCUCUGUAAUUUAUGAUGCAUGUGUGUCACUUUGAUAAUAAAAUGUUGAAUAAAGUAA